AAACCAAAGACCAAGAAUAAAGCAAAGAGAGAAUUUUACAAUAAGAUUCUUGCUUUCAACACCACAGAAAAAAGUGGGAAAACAAGGACAUCACAACUUAUUAGCUCAACUUGGAAGACCAAAGAAAAAGAAUUAAUUCCUUCUCUUUUUUCUUUAUUUCAAUUUUCUUUUUGUCAAUUUAUAUCUUGAAAAGGCAACCAUGGCAGAAGAAUUUCAGAUAGGAAGUGGAAACGGGUGGGAAUCUUCUUCAUCAACAACUAGGAAUAGGUUUUUUGAUAGUGGAAUAAUAUCAUUAUCAUCAUCUACUACUACUCCUUCUACAUCCACCGCACUAAGUAGCAAUAUGGCAAGCAACUUUGGUAAUUGGCCGACAAAUAUUGUGGACAUCAAGAAUAGGUCUUCCUUGGAUUCUGAGUCGGUAUCUGAAGACGUAAGGCGAGACGUUUCAUCUGAUCCCAACUUACAAAUGAUGGGCGUAGGCCUUAAUCGCAACCAAACUUUAUUCAAGGGUACUACAAAUCAUCAACAAGAAGCAUCAUCUGAACAUCAAGAUCAUCAUUGGAGACAAACAAUAUAUUCUGGGAAUUCUGAGGAUUCUUCUGUUAAUGAUUAUAAUAAGGGCUUAUCUUUACAUCAUCAAUCAUUAUAUAGUUCAAAUCUUGAAAACGCCGCUUAUGGAAGUAGUCCUUCAAAUAUGAUGAAAGGAGUUUAUCCUCCCUAUAAUCAAUCAAAUUAUCAUCAGUUUCUCCGAUCAUCCCCUCCGAAUCAGCAGCCGCAGUUGCAUUUCUCGAAUAAUACUCCACUCUGGAAUGGCACUGCAGCUGCUAUGAACGAUGUCCGCUCAAGUUUUUUCCCUUCUUUACCUACACAACUUCCUAACCAAACGGCUGAUAAAAAACCAAAGGUUACAAUAGAAGUUAGGGGUGCAAAUAGUAUAGCAAAGAAAACUACAAGUGAUGCUUCAAGUAAAAGAUCGCGGAACGAAACGCCAUCUCCUGUGCCAGCUUUUAAGGUGAGGAAAGAGAAGAUGGGAGACAGAAUCACUGCACUUCAACAGUUAGUCUCACCUUUUGGAAAGACUGAUACAGCUUCUGUACUCUCUGAAGUAAUCGAGUAUAUAAAAUUCCUCCACGAGCAAGUUACUAUGCUAAGCAACCCAUACAUAAAAAAUGGAGCUUCAAUGCAGCAUCCACAGAAUUUUGAUAAAUCCAACGAUACAAAGCAAGAUCUUAGAAGCCGAGGACUAUGUUUGGUACCAGUUUCUAGCACGUUUCCUGUAACUAAUGAAACAACAAUAGAUUUUUGGACUCCUAAUUCAUUUGGAGGAACAUUCAGAUAAUCAAAUCACAAGGGCCCAAGAAGAAGGCAUGCAUGCAACAUCAUAUAGUCAUCAGUUAUACUGAUAAUGUAAAAAUCUUUUACGCUAAUAAUUUAUAUUUCCUCCAUUUCAAUUUAUGUGAACUUUUUUA